AUGGACCAAACAUGGACAGAAUGGCAACAUAUGAUCGAAAGCCUCGAUGAAGGGCCCGCAAACCCGGGAGCUACAAGCUCGCAAAUACCAUUUUCACCAUUUUCACUCCCAGCUCCCCCGCCCAACAUUCCACUGAUCGCGCAUCUUGAAAGCGUCCAUCAUAUCUUCCUACAUGCGCUAAAGAUUGAUGUACGUUCAUUGGUUUGGCCAUCGGCCUGGUUCCCAGGGGAUGAGCGACUAUGCCCCUUAUCGCUCGAGCCUUGGCUUGAAUUCCCUCAACUCCAAGAAGCGACAUGGAAGAAAAUCUGCAAAGCGCCCGAAUUGGUUAAUAGAUGGGUCUUUCCCUCGCGAACCCCUAUGAAAUACACUGCUCAUCACCUGCAAUGGUACACGGUGCAUUCGGAAGACACUCUGAAGCAAUUUGCACACAGAACACUGGACGAUUUCCUCGCGAUGAUUAUUGAUUUUAUGGGGCGUGAGGACACACUGCGAUACGAUUUUAGCGUCCGCGGGCGACUGAAGUUCGACCGCCCCAGUGAUUGCUGCGUUUCUGUUACGAAGUUUGAAUUCCAAGAGCCAGCGUACGCAGUCCUGUACAUUCCAUCCUUUUGUCUGACUGUGCCCGAACUGGUCGCAGGGUUGCGCACGACAUCACCGGUAGAGGCCUUGGACAAGGAACCCAAUACAUUUGAGGAACAUGCCAGUAACAUGGUGAUCCGUGCGAUCGCCCGACUUUACUCUAGAAUGAUUUGCUCUGGGCGCCGGUAUGGGUAUAUCUACACAGGAGAGGCCUUGAUAUUUCUUCACAUCACCCCAGAAGACUCUUCCGCUGUCGAACACUACCUCUGUGUUCCUGGUCGAGACGUCGUAUCUCAUGGUUACGAUUCGCGUCCAAACUGGGUUCGUCUUACGGCUUUGGGCCAAGUCCUCGCUUUUGCCCUACAGACUUUAACUGCCAGUCCACCAUCGCAACAAUGGCAGGAUGCGGUCUAUCAAACAUAUCAUCCACUCAAAGACGAUCACUCAGUCUACAUGCCCCAAACCCCGGAUGAAAUUCGGUUCCGUCCACCAGCAGAGUUCAUUUAUGAAAACUCAAUCUGGCCUGGCUUCUGGCAGAAAAUUGUGGGUGAUAUCAUAGUAAGGGUAUUUGAUGAAAGCCCUACUUCAGAAUUCUCCGGGAGGUUGUCAGAUGUUUACAAGCCUUACUGUACCCAGGCAUGCCUCCGGGGCACCUUUGAAAAGGACAUCCUGGAUGAUAACUGUCCGAAUGUUGCUGAGCACGGCACAGCAAAACAUCAAAUCAGAGCAGAGGAGAUCUGCGAGAGAAUGAAUGAACAGCUUCGGCAGAAUCGGUACACAGGAUUUCAGCAACUGCACAUCAUUGGUCGAACCUGCUAUCUACUAAAAGCUACGUUGCUGUCUCAUGGGUACACGAUGUUGAUCAAGGCUACUGGCGCCAGCAAGUCCCACAGGAUCCACGCUGAAUUUCGCAACUAUCAGAAUCUGAUGCCAUUGCAGGGAUCCCAAAUUCCUGUAUGUCUUGGGAUGUUUUCGCCUAAGAUCCCAUAUUGGUAUCAUGGAGUUGACAUGAGAUACAUGUUGCUGCUCAGCUGGUCUGGAAUCCGAACAGAUCAAGAUGCCGGUCUCGAAGUGUGUCAAUACCUUGAACAGGAGACGCAAAAUCUCGAGGGUACACUUCAAGAACAUGGAGUUGUUCAGAAAGAUGCAUCCUUCCGCAACGUACUGUGGAAUCCCACAUCACAAUCCUUUGUGAUGAUUGACCUAGAAGAUUUGAAGUGGCUGAAUGGAACUCCAGAGGGUCCGAGAGGCAUGGAAGCCAGCAGACUCGAUCCAACACAGACUGAUGCGGUCUAUUGA